AUGACAACUCGCCUUUUCGUGUGAGAGGUCCUGCUGUAGCCAGCUGCACCAAAGAGCAGGACUGAGUGACCAGCGCUUGAAGCAGAACUAAAGGAACGACAUAGAGGUGACAGAGGUGUGCGGGAAAACGGCUGUACUGCUUCAAUCAACAUCAAGGAGAGGGAAAAGUGACUUUGCUGUGCAUUGCAGUAAUUCAGUGUGUGGGACUGCCCUGCUGAGAGGUGACCAUGUGUGGGAGGGGGUCGAGUCUCUACCUGCUGCUGCUGCUCUUUGCCUGCACUGCUCUCUGUCAGAGACAAAGCUACGCCAAGCCUCAGAGGCUGCUGGACGGUGGUGAGGAGGAGGAGGAGCAGGACUCUGUGAUUAUGAACGUCUUGCCAUUAAUCCGGCACGCUCGGCUCGCGCGGCCUGCAGCCCUGGCUCCCAAAAGGGCAGCUCAGGGGUCUCGCUUUGCCCUGUCCCUCGAUGUGCCCACCUCCAUCCUGAGCGUCCUCAUAGACCUAGCCAAGAACCACGACAUGAGGGCCAAAGCUGCGGCCAACGCCGAGCUGAUGGCCCGUAUUGGCAAGAGGAAAUAGUGCCAAGAUUAAGAUGAACUUAAAACAUCCGGGAGGGCAGACCCAGGUGCACGAAAAAAACAUGAGGCUCAAAUCCGUCACAAAUGACUCCCAACACCCUCUAUAGUGCAUUACUACCUAUGCUACUUUUUAAAUGUUGAUUUAAAAAGAAUGAUUUUUUUUCAAAUAAAAUACAAGCAAUUUUGAUGUAAAUGCAGAUAAAUGGUUAUAAAAGGAAAAUAAAUUGUAGAUGUGUGCCAAAUGCUAAAUUGAGAUUAUUAAGAAAUCUAGAUAAAGUUAAUAAAUGUAAAGUCAUUUAAAAUAUUUGGUGUGAAAUGCUCCUUUCUAGACUAAAUUAGUUUAUUUCCCUGAUUUGGCAUUUUUUUCAAGUAGAUUUUCCCUUGAAUUUGACCUCUUUUUUGAUAUCAGAAGAUUUAGAGAGCAUCAACUAUCCCAGUAUUAUGUGUUGACUUCAGUGACGCAGUUACACUGCUCCUUUCUAGAGAAAGUUACAGGUUUCAUAAUAGUUCACAGUGGAGGUGGUAUGAGCUAGAUGUCUCAAGGGUUUAAUGCCUCUCAACAUAACUGAAAGUUAUGAAACAAAAUGGUUAUGAAAACACUGUAUAAAGACUUAAGUUGAUUAGGUUUAAACAGGUGCAAAUUAAAAAAAAUAAUAAUAAUUCUCAGAUUGAAUGCUGUUUCCCUGUUACAUAUAAAAAUUAGAAGACAUUCUUAGAUAAAAUAUCUAUAUUUUGCAGGCUUGGACAUCAUAGGCCAUGUUUUUUAUCAUCACGGUAAGUCGUAAAUUUAUAUCUGUUGAAACCACUUGACUUAUAUAUUACCCAUUAAACAGAUGUUUUGUGUAUUAACCUUACAGGUUUUAAGAAAAUAAAUUUAGAAUGAUUAAACUCAGAGUCAGACAAAUUGAUGAUGUAAAUUAUUUAUUAUUUAAAACCUCCUUGUACCUGAAAUCCUUAAGAUACUGUUUGGUGUUAAGCUUAUAAGGUAGGCUAUUCCUAUUAUUGUAUAUACAUAUCCAAGCACUGAACUAGAGGUCUGAGAGGGAGCCAUUUGUGAUUGAGAUAUUCAGGAGUCCACUGACAAAUAAUAAAUGUCGAAUACUAUGACCAAAAUGUUCUUUGUUUUUUUGUAUUAUUGUUUCCUGAUUUUUUUGUUUGUCUUCUCAUAGAUUAAAUAUAUUUUUUAAGAAACUGUUUGUCAGCAUAGCUCACUGUGUAGUGAAAUAACAGCAGAAAUGCUGGUCUCGGCUAUUCAGAUGUAUGUAGUUUAAUUCAAUGUGAAAAUGCUUGUAUAAUAAAUUCUGGAUAAUAACUGGACUCAUUUUGUGUCAGAUCAGCCGCAUGACGUAACAAUUUUUAAUAACAGAAGUGAUCUGUUGCUAGGAUUGAAUGGGUAAGAUGAGUUGGGUGGUGGUGCGUGACGGAGAAGAGGAC